AUGGCAUCGCCAACCCGAUCCGCGACAUCAGACGACAAUGAACGUCCAUCCCCGCCGGCUCUCACCGAACUCGUCCGGCGUCUCCUCCGCCCUUUGUUAAACCCGUUGCAUGCCGUCCUGUCCUUCCUCUCGUCGCCGGCCUUUCUGCGCGCAUCCAUCUCUACCCUCAUCUUCGUCUGCGUCUCCUCCCUACUGGUCGCAACCAGCACCACCGCGUAUCUCAUCUUCUACUACUACUACAUUCCACCCAUCAGCCUUUCCAUACCCCUGUACCUGCAAUAUGGAGUGCACAACACCGCGCCCUAUGCAGUGGCGGAGAUCCCGCAGGGGACUCUAAUCAGCCAACAGGCCUACGACGUGCGAGUCGACCUCGAGAUGCCGCGCACCCCCAACAAUCUUGAGGCUGGAGUCUUCAUGGUCGAUGUGAGACUGUUGGGGGCGUUUGACCCGGUCGCGGAAGCACCAGAGACACUGCGCCAGUUGCUGGGCAAUAUUACUGCGUUGGGCGGGGAUGGCUACACCGUGCUGCAGCAUUCGCGGAGGCCGGCGAUGCUGAGGUACAAGAGCGUGCUGCUGGGCCUGGCGAGCGAGAUGAUGAAUCUGCCUUUCCAUCUCGUGGGAUUCAAGGAUCUCGACACGGAGAAAGUCAAGGUCAGAAUGUGGGAAAAGGCCAUAUUUCGGCGCGGGAGCGGGAACGUGCCGAGGGGCGUCCGGGUGGAGGUCGCGACUGGCGGUGCGACCACGGGCUUGAGCGAGAUGGCGGCGGGCAGGCAGGUGCAAAUCUACAAGGCCGGCUUGACGUUCAGCGCGAGGUUCCAUGGACUGAGGUACCUGGUGUACAACCACCGCAUCGUCAGCUUUUUGGUCUUGACCACGACGUUCUACGUUGUCAGCAUUAUUGCUGUGGGCUUGGGUUGGGCGUGGCUCGGGCGUUCUAUCAUGCCGCCGGAAUCGCGUCCGAUGAUUAAGCAGGAGUCUCCGCCGGUCAAGACCGGGCAAAACGAGAAGCAACAGCAGCAGAUCAAGACCGAAGACGAGGACGACGAAGAGGCGACAGGCUUGAAAAUCGAAGACGUCAGCGAUUCACCUGCGCAAUUCCCAAGUGGAAGAGGGCGUGCGCCGCUACGUUACGAAGGGAGACAGGACGACGAGGAGGGGCCUCAAGGCAUGUCAGCGGUGGGGCAGGAGCGGGAGGUGGGCGAAGGCGAGAAGGCGGACGAUGAAGAGGAAAUGGACGACGAUGAGGAGUAUGCGAGGGCGGCGGCCGCUGCUCGGACUACGGGUCGCUUUGAGGGCGAUUCGGGCAUAGGAACCAUGAGUGAGAGCCAGAUGGAUGGACAGGGGUUGGUCAGAAGGCGCAGUGGGAGGAGCCUGGGAGAGCAGCACUGA